UGGGGUGGGGUGGGGGGGCAGCGGGUACAGCAACGCUGCCUCAAAUGACACCGAGGAUGGCGAGCCCGCACCCACACCACGCGCCUUCUUGCCGGCGUUGGCACACCUCGGCAGCAACAGCGCAAGUACCACCGUCGAAGCACCGCAAGUUUCCCUACCUGUACCACCAAAGAGACAGCAAAGUCGACGUGUAUGCCCUCAAGGCUGCUGCCCAGGGCGAUCGUGUGCAGAGCCAACUAAACGUCUACGACCUUCUGCUCGCGUCCGCCGAAACACAGGGGCCAGUACCGAAGGCCGUUAACUUGGCGGCCACGAGAGCUGUGGCAGCUCUCCGGGAGGCAGGAAUUCGGGUGCUCUUCUUGUUCGAGGUCCUCAUCUUCACGUACGUCUGGCUCCGAAACAUCGCCGAAGAUGAACCAGGCAUGCUAGAGCUUGGGGCUACCGGGUGGACCCUAAGAAGGCUGCCUGUCGGGACCACCGCUGAGAGCGUGGACGCAGUCAGCACUGGUGACGCCGAAAAGCACUUGCGGGAAGUGCUAGUGGUUGCGCGCGGGGCCAGGAAUGGAAAGGGUGCAUGCUUGCCGGAUUGGUUUGGUGCGGGGGAUUUCGUGAACGGUGACACUUCAACCCUCUAUGCUACCCAGGUGGACGGGUUGCAUGCUUACGCGGCGGUAAGCGCAUCAAUGAUCAGAUGAUUUAGCAGCCGGAGGUUGAGUACACCAACCUAUUGCCUUCUCUUGAUCAUUGCAUCGGUAUCUCA